UACACUGCAUUACAGAAGAGUAGGACUGUGCCGGGGACGCGGCACCUGCUGAAGGAAAGUCUAAACGAGGCAGAGAUGGAGGUACGGACUGUAUUUCAGCUGGUAGCACUGCUGUUGCUCGGCAUUUGCACCAGAGGAGUUUAUGGGUGGAAAGAGACGUUUUCCGAGGCAAGGAUAGGUGACACAUUGACUCUGACUGUUGGCACUAUCAAGGGGUCACCUGAAGUCAGAGUUAUUCUUGGUGUGGAAUACAACAAUACUGAAGUGAGUGUGGACCCAACCAGAUUCAUAUUGGCAGCUGAGGAUCUGAGUUUACAAGUAACAGUGUUGGAUGAUGGUCAACCUCUGCAAGAAGAUAAGAACAUCACGCUAACACUAGCAAAGAUAGCAGGGGGGAAAAGUUCUGAUAUCAUUGUCACUGAAGCAAUAAUCGCAGUCCGAUCACAAAAUAUCCCAGGUUUGUGA